CUUCCUUCCUGAUGUGGAUCACAGUCCAUUUGCGCCACCGUGUGCUCAAAGUGCAACAUGAGCGUCUUUGCGUCAGGUAUUAGUGUUUAAUCUUUUCAUCUUCUGAAGUCUCCUGUCUAGAUUAGCUCAGUCCAACAUGAAGUCUUGUCUAAUGAAAUUAUGCAGACUGCUUUGCAAACUGUUGACUUUGCCCUUACACCUCAUGGAGAUCACAGGCUUUUACGGUAUGUACAAACGUCUCUUUCCGCUGCUUGCCUACAAUAUAACAUUUUCCUACAACGACAAAAUGCACACAGUGAAGAGAGAGCUUUUCCGAAACGUGUGCAAAUUUGCAAACGCAGACGGCACACUUCGCCUGCUGGAGAUCGGUUGUGGCAGCGGGGCCAACUUCCAGUUCUAUCCGUACGGCUGCACGGUGGUCUGCACGGACCCCAACCCGCACUUUGAGAAGUACCUCCGGAUGAGUAUGGACGCAAACAAGCACCUGACCUAUGGCGAGUUUAUAGUUGUCCCUGCAGAGGACAUGAAAGGAGUAGAGGACGAGUCUGUGGACGUUGUUGUCUGCACGUUGGUGCUCUGCUCGGUCAGAAACGUGCACCGGGUGCUGCAGGAGGUCCGAAGGAUCCUCAAAACGGGCGGAGCUUUCUACUUCAUGGAGCAUGUUGUUUCAGGUCCUUCCUCCUGGACACAUUUCCUCCAGCAUGUAUUUGAGCCUCUGUGGUACUAUCUUGGAGAUGGAUGCUCGAUAACCAGAGCGACAUGGAAAGAUCUAGAGGAAGCUGGUUUCUCUGAACUUCACCUGAAACACAUUGAGGCUCCAGAGGUCACUUUAAUGAUAAGACCACACAUCAUGGGAUACUCUGUUAAAUGACUGCAGG